GAGGAGGGGGGGCAAGAGAGAGGGGAGAGGAUGAAGGUGGCCGAGUGGGGGUGAAGGGGGCAGGAGGCUCUAGGGGGGACCCCCCCUGCCCGUUACCCUGCUUUUCCGUGACAGUAAUGGAGAAUCCAAUGGCCAGUGCAUCUCCUCCUUCCCAUUUUCCAGAAGAGGAUGGCUCAAAGGAGAGCAGUGAAGUUGUCCCAGCUGGGUUAAAUCACUCCGAAGGGCUGUGCAGUAGCAGUGUUUCCCAGUCUGCCAACAACCCAGAUUUCACUGAGCAGUUGUUGCAAACCCAACGGCUGCGAAAUGAAUCAUCUAAUAAACCAGAACAUAGUGAGCCAAGGCCUGAGGAAGAGCAAAGAAGUAAAAGAGGAGGCUGGUCCAAAGGGCGGAAGAGGAAAAAACCUUUAAGGGACAGCAAUGCUCCUAAAUCUCCUCUCACAGGUUAUGUGCGAUUUAUGAAUGAACGGAGGGAACAGCUUCGAGCCAAGAGACCCGAAGUUCCAUUCCCGGAAAUCACCAGGAUGCUAGGAAAUGAAUGGAGCAAACUGCCUCCUGAGGAAAAACGGCGAUACCUUGAUGAAGCAGACAGAGACAAGGAGCGUUACAUGAGGGAGUUGGAGCAGUACCAGAAGACGGAGGCGUACAAGGUCUUUAGCAGGAAAGCACAGGACAGACAAAAGGGCAAAUCUCACCGACAAGAGGGAGCACGACAGGCCGCCCAUGACCAUGAGAAGGAACCUGAUACGAAGGAGAGGUCUGUUUUCGAUAUUCCAAUUUUCACAGAGGAGUUCCUGAACCACAGUAAAGCGCGGGAAGCAGAACUCCGUCAGUUGCGCAAGUCCAACAUGGAAUUUGAGGAGAGGAAUGCUGCCUUGCAGAAACACGUGGAGAGCAUGCGCACAGCCGUGGAGAAGUUGGAGGUCGAUGUGAUCCAGGAGCGCAGUCGGAAUACAGUCCUUCAGCAGCACCUGGAGACCUUACGGCAGGCGCUGACCAGUAGCUUUGCUGGCGUCCCCUUGCCAGGAAGUGGAGAGAUGCCCACAGUGGACACUAUUGAUUCAUACAUGAAUCGGCUGCACAACAUUAUCCUGGCAAAUCCGCAGGAGAAUGAGAAUCUUAUAGCCACUGUACGCGAAGUUGUAAACCACCUUGAACGCUAGCAGCCUGUCUUUUAGCCCCUUGGAUGUUUUUCUUAAAGGGAUAAAAGCAGCGAGGAACAAGAGCCACCAUGAAAAUAAGCCACGAGUGGUAGGUGACGGGACUUUCUGGAGGCGCUCUGGUUCCUUCUUACCGGACGAACUAUUUAAUGCAUGAGAAUAUUUCAUGGGGACCCGUAAGCAACCUGAGAGAUGAUCAAAUUCUCCAUCCAACUUCCUGCCUGAACAUCCAUGGACCGGUCUACCGCUUCUGAUCAUUCUCAUGCCUGGACCACAUAAGGCGACAGUGAUGCUUCCUUCUCUGUUAAGUCAAAAUUUGGUGUCUGUUGUGGUGAUACAGAGCUCUGGAAUGUUUUGUGGCUUGUGUUCCAAACGAGAGAGUCUCCCCUCUUGUUUUCUAUUGCAUGUACGUCUUGUCGUGCUAACUGUCAAGAUCCAUAUCCUUCACUCUGUUAAAGCCAGAGGCAACGCAGAGGAGACGACAGGCCAGGCUUUUACCUCCCAGGAUGGAAAACACGACACCGUCAUGUGGGACAAAAACCUCCUUUUCUGUAGUUUGUUACUUUGUCCACUGUAUGUGUACUCUUCCUAUUCCAAACUCUUUUUCUCUCUCUUAAGCAACAGGAAAUGGACAGAGGGAGAUGGUUUGUUUCUUUCGUCUGAUAAUAUGUGACUGUCCCUCUAAAAUAAACUUUGUAAAAAGGG